UUGUGCCCCCUGCCUUCCUCAAUAAGAAGAGAGAAAUUAGAGACUUUGCUCUUUCCAUAAACCAACCAAUCUCCGUAGCACAUAGCUGCUAGGACACACUACUAAGUCUAAAUGAGAGCAAAUUUGAGACACAGAAAAGGCAUAAACACUUUCAAAUAAUAACACCUUUGCCUAUCCUUGUGUGCCUCCUAGGAAUUAAUUGGAAAUUAAGUUAACCGAAAAAGGAAGGAAGAAACAAAAAAUGAUGAAUUCAUUGUGUGGAAGCUCACUGUCCCUCAAGAGUGAGAACAACAACUCUAGAACCAAACUCCAACAACCCACUUCUUCAAAUGACUCAGUUUUGCAAUCCAAGAAAAACAAUGCCACUCAAUCCUCUGGUGAUCUAGACCAAACCAGCCUAACCCCACCAAGCCUAAACCUUCCAUCACUCAAAUUUGACUUAGAUGGAGAUGUGGAAGUUCAAUCACCAGAUAGUUCAAUGUGGGAAUCUUUUUUUGCUGACCAUAUAGAUGGUGAUUUCAUGAUCUCUUCCCCAGUGAGGACCCCACAAGCAGCCUCUUCCUACAAUUGCAACUACAACUAUGCUCAGGGAAUGCAAGGCCAGAGUCUCUCAGGGUGUUCCCCACCUCGUUUUUCAUCAUCACAAAUUGGAGCCUUCAACAGCAGCAGCAGCCUCAACAAAGGGAAAGGACUCAGCCCCCUCCACAGGGUGUUCAACUCACCCAACAAUCAGUACAUGCAGCAUGUUGAGAACCUCUCACUGCCAGCAAUAGAAGAGUUCUUGGAGGACUACCAAACCAAGGUGUCUUCUUCUGAUCACAACAUUACAAGUUCAUCUGAGUGCUUUGACUUGUCAUCUCAUCAAAUCCCUUCGUCCAUUUUGGAUGGCUUGGCACUGCACAAUUCCUCGAGGUACCAUCGUGGAUCGGUCGUCGACGAAGAAUCGACGGUGCACGGUGGUGGCGGUGGUGGUGGUGGCUCUUCUCAGUUGUCACAAGAGAGUGACAUCUAUCACCAGAUGGGGUCCAUGGCUAGUGCUUCUCUUUCACAGGCUCUACAACAAGAACGCUACCAAGAGAAACAGCAAAAGCAACAAGCACAACAACUGCAACAACAACAACGGCAGCACCAGCAAGAGAAUCUGAUGGUGCCUAUUCCGAUCGAAAUCGAGCAGGAGCAAGACAGCGGGCUUCAACUGGUGCACCUGCUCCUGGCUUGCGCAGAAGCAGUAGCCAAAGAGGAAUACAUGCUCGCAAGAAGGUACCUCCACCACCUCAACCGCGUCGUCACCCCCUUAGGCGAUUCCAUGCAGCGCGUCGCCGCCUGCUUCACCGACUCCCUAAGCGCCAGGCUCAACUCCACCCUCACACCCAAACCCGCAACGCCGUCCAAACCCCUAACCCCCUCCAACUCCCUCGAGGUCCUCAAGAUCUACCAGAUCGUCUACCAGGCCUGCCCCUACGUCAAGUUCGCCCACUUCACUGCCAACCAGGCCAUCUUCGAGGCUGUCGAGAUCGAAGAACGCGUGCACGUCAUCGAUCUCGACAUCCUCCAGGGCUACCAGUGGCCUGCUUUCAUGCAGGCCCUCGCGGCGCGCCCAGCGGGCGCACCAUUCUUAAGGAUUACUGGAGUGGGUCCCUUGUUAGACGCCGUCCGUGAAACCGGACGGUGUCUCACAGAGCUGGCCCACUCCCUACGUAUUCCUUUUGAGUUCCACGCGGUCGGGGAACAACUUGAAGAUCUCAAGCCACACAUGUUAAACCGCCGUGUCGGGGAGGCGCUGGCGGUUAACGCGGUUAACCACCUCCACCGCGUCCCAGGCAACCACUUGGGCAAUUUGCUGACCAUGCUACGUGACCAGGCACCUAGCAUAGUAACUCUGGUGGAGCAAGAAGCUAGCCACAAUGGACCUUACUUUCUAGGGCGUUUUCUUGAGGCCUUGCAUUACUACUCCGCCAUUUUCGACUCAUUGGACGCCACUUUUCCGGCGGAAUCCGCGCAGCGGGCGAAGGUGGAGCAGUACAUAUUCGCGCCGGAGAUACGGAACAUCGUGGCGUGCGAGGGGGCGGAGAGGUUCGAGAGGCACGAGAGGUUGGAGAAGUGGCGGAAGAUAAUGGAGGGGAAGGGGUUCAAGGGGGUGGCGCUGAGUCCGAACGCGGUGACUCAGUCGAAGAUAUUGUUGGGAUUGUAUUCGUGUGAGGGGUAUAGGUUGACGGAGGAUAAGGGUUGCUUGUUGCUUGGGUGGCAGGAUAGGGCCAUCAUUGCUGCGUCUGCAUGGCGGUGUUGAUGCUAAUGCUAUUACAUACUCUUGCAUUGAGUUAAUUAAAUGUGUUCUCUGUUUUGAUUACUAUGUUGCUAAUUAAUUGUUAUACUUAUUUACUUUUCCUGUUAGUUUUUAAUGAUAUGUUAAUGAAUGGACAAGCUAGAGAGCAAAUCAUAAACAAAAAUGGA